AGCCGGCCAAUCGAGAGAGGAGGGAUCACGUUGGCGAUUUUCUCCGGUUGAAAUAAGGCGCGAUGACAUCCAGCAGUCACCUCUUUUCUCCUGACGAGUGAUCUGACAUUGAAAAUUAUACCUACCGCCGAAACACUUGCUCCCAAAUCACUUUCUCUUCAGUCAUUCGGAGUUUUUUGCGAGGAGAGCAAGCUGCAGUUGGAACAUCUGUUGGAAGAAAUAACAAGACCCGUCAUUGACAUCUCAUGUUUUCUCAAGUAACCCAAGUUGGGGCCAUAUACCAACUACCGCCUCCGUUAGGUGCUUUACAAUGGUGCAAAUACAUGCCAGAUGAUGUAAACAUCACCGGUGAUGGCAGUCCAAGCGAAGACGUCGAUUUCGAUCGACUGCUGCCAACGUUAUUCGAAUGUUUUGCAAUUGUUUUUUGUGGUUUUUUGGCCGGAAGAUGCAACCUCAUUUCUACUUCAGACAUAAAAGGCCUGAACGACUUCACGACUUACUUCACUUUGCCGCCUCUGAUAUUCCUGAACCUGGUGACCAUCAAUUUCAACCAUGUCAACUGGCUCUUUAUACUCAGUAUUCUUUUGAGCAAGUUCAUCGUCUUCUUCCUGGUGGCCAUCGUCACGGCCUCGCUUCACAGACCGAUAAAUCUCUCCUACGCCGGGAUAUAUGGGAUAUUCUGUACCCAGGGUAACGAUUUUGGGCUUGCAUAUCCAAUAGUCGCAUCCCUCUACGGCAGUAAACGGCCUUUGUAUCCCGGUUACAUGUAUCUCAUCGCACCCACCUCACUCCUAUUCCUGAACCCACUGGGCUUUAUCUUGAUGGAAGCUCAAAAGAACAAAGAUGCGAUCGACUUAGCUUCUAAGAAGUCUGUCGGCGGCACCAUCUUCAAGACCAUCGGCAACGUGUCGUGGAACAUUCUUCGGAAUCCUAUAGUAUUCGUCACUCUUUUGGGAGUCUUUGGAAAUUUCUUGUUCCAUGGUGGAUUACCGAGUGUUCUAUUUGGCAUACUACAGAUUCUGUCUUCUGCUUUCUCUGCUGCCGUUCUGUUUUUGCUGGGAUUUUCUGUAGCUGGAACUGGAGAGUCAAAGUAUUCCAAGAAAGAAGGUUUAUUGAUCCCAUCUGUGUUACUGAUAACAAAAAUGCUGGUAUCUCCACUGAUCACCCGAAGCUGUGUAUCCGUUUUAUGUGCUUGGGCUCCCGACAUGGAGGACCUGGCUGAUUACGGUUUCUUGUACGGAAUGGUGCCGACAGGGCCUAUUGUCAUGCUUUUUGCAGCCGAAUAUGGAUUGAGGACGGAAAUGAUGGCCUCGACGAUGGUUCUGUGCACGGGCCUGUUUGGACCGGUUGUAUUUGUUCUGGACAGAAUGUUUUCUAUGAAAGUGAAAGGAAUUGGAGAAUUUGCUGAUGAAUUGAGGACUACGAUGCUUGUCUUGAGCAUUCUGAGUUUCUUUUCCUGUUUGUGGAUUGGAUUAUCACUUCUUAUAAGUAGAAAGGUAAAGCGACAGAUUUACAAGGUAACUGGAUGCCUAAUCAUUUCACAGAUUAUACUGGCCAUGGGAAUCUUUACUUGGUCAGUUUGCCAGAGCAGUGCCGAGUGGAAGACGUACUUGGAGAUAACUCUGAUUGCUGGAGGCGAGCUGAUGAGCAGAGUAUGGGUGACCAUCCUUGCCGUCACCAUGGUUUUCCUCAGAAGAUACCCUCAGUCACCUUUCCUCAAGAAUAUGUUUUGGCCGAAUUGUUUGGGAAUUGGAUUCCCAGUUGUCGUUGUGGCGAUUAUAUUAAUUUUCACUGGCAUAGGACAAUGCGAACCUGAUUUGGAUAAAGAAUUGCCGCUCUUCAUUUACGGGACAACAGAGGCAGCUGGUUCGAUUGUUAUUCUCGCCCUGUGUUUGGCGACGACGACGUUUUGUUUGGUUCUGUACUUCCGUUCUCCGCCCAUAAAGCAUCUAAGCUUAAAAAAUGAUGUAAAGGCACAAAAGGAAAAAGAUGAAAAGACGAAGCCUGAUGUCCAAAUAGAUGUGGAGAGCAUGAAAGAAUUAUCCACAAAAGAAAGCCUUGUAGAUGGCGCCAGCAUCGCUAUCUACAAAAUAAUGAAGACAGAUUCAGAUGCCUUAGCACAAGGAAAAUUUGACUCGAAAAAACAAACUGAAGAAUCCGGCAGUGAGAAUUCUCCUGAAAGUUCACCAUGGAAAAUGAGUACAUCACUGAAACGCUCCGAGACCUCCUUCAGCGAAAGGCAUUUACUGUCUUCAACAGAAAGUGAGGUGUCUUCAGUGGAAUCCUCCCCUGUCCACAGCAAGCCAAGGUCAUCGAAUGACAUAGAGGAGGCUUCGCGAGGAUACUUAAGACACGUGAUACUCCUAAUCAUGAGCAGCAUAUCCAUGGCAAUAGGUCUAACACUCAGCACGUGGAAACUAUCGACAAAUCAACCCAAUGGAUUGUUCGUAGCUAUUGAAUUCUUAGACGCAGUUUUGAAUUUUGGACAGGGCAUAUUUAUUCUCCUGAUUUUCAUUAAAGACACCAAAUACAUCAUAACGCCGAUUUCUAAAUGGUUACGAAAAGUGAGGCAUGGAGUGUAUUCGCUGAACGACCCCGAAGAUGUUAUGGAUGCCGUUAUUCAACAGUUGUGUAAACAGUUUCGGUCGUAUCACAGAGAAAACUGCUUAAAAGACUUGCCAAGGACGAUAAAGAAAAAUGACAAGAUCUAUGAAAAGUGCUUCACAGGAACAGAAUUUGUGGAUUUCCUGAUCAAAGUUGGAUUAGCAAAUCAUCGAACAGCAGCUGAGAACUACGGGCAACGCCUCUUUAGGGGAGGAGAACUAGUAAGCAUGGACGGAGCAGUUCAGUUUCAUGAUAACAACGCAUAUUUAUACAACCUGAGUUGAACGAUUUCUGACAAUUCAUAACUCAUAUAUGAAAGGAAAAAAAAAAUCAGUUUGUAAAUAUAUCAUCUGCUCACAUACUUAAAAUAUUUUUUCAUCCUGUAUCAGAAUGUUUUGUACAUUAAAGUUAUCCAACCAUUAA